UUCCCUAAAGAUAAAAGUGUUUAUUUGUCUGAAAGUUAGUACUUUUAGGGAAGGAGAAGCGCUGCUGGGACAGGGAAUUUCAGGGGAGGGCCACAAGGAAUUCGUGGGUCCUCACGGGAGGAAAACCGCUUUCCUCACUCUCUUGGGCAUUAAUGUCACAGGGCUCUUGACCCCCAGUUUACCCCUCCCUGAACUCUAUGCCCACCCGGAACAACUGGGCACCCAGGUUAAACGCCUUGCAUCCUCAUGUUUCAGUCUCCCAUCCAGAACCUCAGCGGGAGUGAUGCAGAGCCUUUCAGGGUCGCCUGGAAGCCACAGUCCAGCCUCCGGAUGCAGUCCGAAUCCAGUAGAUGUGAAGAGGAGGAGACCCCUUCCCUCUUGUGGGGUUUGGAUCCUGUAUUUCUAGCCUUUGCAAAACUCUACGUCAGAGAUAUCCUGGACUUGAAGGAGUCCCGGCAGGUGCCAGGUAUAUUUUUUUACAAUGGGCAUCCAGUAAAACAGGUAGAUGUCUUAGGAACUGUAGUUGGAGUGAGAGAAAGAGAUGCUUUCUACAGUUACGGAGUGGAUGACAGCACAGGCGUUAUAAACUGCAUCUGCUGGAAAAAGUUGAGCAAUACUGAGUCUUCGUCAGCCCAAACAGCUACAGCUGCCUCAAACCCAGCAAGAGACCUGAGCUUAACCUCACAGCUUAAGAAAUUGCAAGAAACCAUUCAGCAGAGAACAAAGAUAGAAAUUGGGGACCUUAUCCGAAUCAGAGGCUAUGUCCGCACAUACAGAGAAGAGAGAGAAAUUCAUGCCACUGCGUAUUAUAAAGUGGACGAUCCAGUGUGGAGCUUCCAGAUUUCAAGGAUGCUUGAGCUGCCCGUUAUCUACAGGAAGGUUUAUGACCAGCCUUUCCACAGCCCAGCCCUAGAGAAAGAGAAGGCGCUGAACAAUCCAGGCACCCUGGACCUCGCCAGCCUCACAUGUUUGCUGAGUGAAAAAGCCAAAGAAUUCCUUGUGGAGAACAGAGUGCAGACCUUUUACCAGCAGGAGUUAGAAAUGGUGGAGUCUUUGAUGGCCCUUGCCAAUCAGCCUGUAAUUCACAGCGCCUGCUCUGACCUAGUGGAUUUUAAGAAUGAUACAGCUUCCCAGGCAAUUCAUAGUAUAUUUAAGAACGCUAUACAGCUGCUUCAGGAAAAGGGACUCGUUUUCCAGAAAGAAGGUGGUUUUGAUAAUCUAUACCAUGUAACCAGAGAAGACAAAGAACUGCACAGAAAGAUCCACCAUAUCAUUCAAAAAGAUUGCCAGAAACCAAAUCACGUGGAGAGGGGCUGCCACUUCCUGCACAUCUUGGCCUGUGCUCGCCUGAGCCUCAGCCCGGGCCUGAGCGAAGCUGUGCUGCAGCAGGUGCUAGAGCUCCUGGAGGACCGGAGUGACAUCAUCAGCACCAUGGAGCACUACUACAUGGCGUUCUGAGAGGCACGCAGCCGCCCAGGGCAGAGCCGGCUGGCCAGCCUGGAGCUGCCUGGGGAGGAAGACGAGGUGACCUUCACUCCCAGGCUCUGAUUUUAGACAUCUCGCAGGGAUUGUGUGUCUGGAGGCAAUUACCUCAUGAUAAACUGUAAUGUGUAGUCAUUGGGCAAUGGGACUUGGCAUGAAUGCUAUACACUGCCUUCUACCUGCUGUGUCCCUGGGAUGGAAUGGCUUUUAUCUCAGCCAAGAUACAUUAAAACCCUCCCCACUGACCUAGCUGGACUGGCAUUACUCAUGGAGCAGAAGGGGGAGAAAACAGUGUCAGCAGCUUAAUCAGCAUAUUUGGAGUUUGAGGCUGUAUCAGGGUAAAGGGUAAAGGGUAAAGGCCCACGUCCUACAGAAACUGAGGAGCAGAAAGCCAGAUCACACCGUUCGAAACUUUUAAAACUUCAGACUAUCAGAUAACAUUCCUUUGGGCCUCUCUCCAUGUCUUGAGAACCAGGUUUAGGGGAACAAUUCUCCCUGGAUUCGUGUUCCUUGCCACAUUUCUGUGGGCCCCAGCCACCAGGCGCGUCCUGAGUCCUGGUUUAGUGCUGUGUUAUAGCCCAGGCAGAGGUGGGAAUAAAAAGAUCUACAACA